AUGUUUGAUAAGACGGGCCCCAGUACCACUACAUCCUCUGGAUUAGUUCCACUUGAUCCCCUGGACCAGUACUACAAAACCCCAUGGACCAGUACCACUAGAACCCCUGGACAGUUCCCUUGGACCAGUACCACUCGACCCCCUGCACCAGUACCCCUAGAUCCCCUAGCGAUUUCUAUUUCAUCCAAUGGACCAGUACCACUAGAAACUGCUGGACCAAUACCACUGGACCCUCUCAACCAGUACCACUACAUCCCCUGGAUUGGCACCACUAGAUCCCUUGCACCAGUACCACUUGAUCCCCUGCACCAUACCACUAUAUCCCCUGGACCAGUACCCCUAGAUCUCCUGCACCAGUACACUAGAUCCCCUGGACCAGUACCACUAGAUCCCCUGGACCAUAUCCCUAGACCCCCUGGACCAGUACCACUAGACCCCAAGACCAGUACCCCUAGUUCCCCUGGGCCAGUAUCAGUAGAUCCCCUGCACCAUACCAUUAGAUCCCCUGCACCAGUACCACUAGAUCCCUUGCAACAGUACCACAAGACCCCCUGGACCAGUACCCCUAGAUCCCCUGGACCAGUACCACUAGACCCUAUGGACCAACCCCCUGUACCAGUACCACUAGAUCCCCUGGACCAGUACCACUCAAAUCCCUGCACCAGUACCACUAGAUCCCCUGGGACAGUACCACUAGAUCCCCUGCACCAAUCCUCUGGGUCAGUAUCACUAGAUCCCCUGCACCAGUACCACUACAUCCUCUUGACCAGUAACACUAGAUCCCCUGGACCAAUACCACUAGAUCCCUUGCAUCAGUACCACUUGAUCCCUUGGGCCAGUACCACUCGAUCCCCUGGACCAGUGCAACUAGACCCUCUGGACCAGAACCACUAG